CAUCACAACAAACAAGAAAAAAAGCAGGUGGACUGGAGCCUCGGCGACGACAUCCAGGCUCCCGGGGGGUCCGGUGUGGGCGUGGUCAGGGCGACGGGCGACAGCUACUUCCUGUCUGCAGAUGUGAGCGGGUUCGAGCCUCAUGAAGUGGUGCUGCUGGUGUAUAAUCAGUGUGUGGUUAUUCACGCAGAGAAGAUGGCAGCUGAUGGGAGUGUUGCGGGCCGCUUUACCCAUAAGUCUGUGCUGCCGGCAGACAUGGACCCGUUAUCCGUGAGCAGCUCGCUGACCGCAGAGAGGCUGAUCAUCAGCGUCGGUCGCAGCAAAUCCCCUCUGACCUCUGACCUCAACACUCCAGUCGUUAAUCUCUUUUUUUUUGUUUUGUCCCUUGUAUUUUCUUCCAUUUCUGAUAUUUCUUUCCUUAUCACAUCUCACUUUAUUUUCUGUAUUGCAUAUUUCAAUACUGUAAAUGAUACUGUCCUGCCAGUGAAGUUCACGGAGUCUGACUCUCGAUGCAGGAGAAUAUGAUGACAUUGCAUUGCAAUAAAUACACACUGCAGGAA